AUGCCGUCUUUCUCCCCCUCCAUCCCGGGCUUGAUCAGCGGUGACUCCUCGUCGAUCUCAUCGUUCGGUACAAACACCACUUCCAGCGAAGCGGCCGGCUCAGCUCGAGACCGUGACCGAGACGACCAUGAGUUCGGAGGUCCGGUAGGAAGGGAAACGCAGGCCCGCCGUCAGAAUCAGAAUCAGAAUCAGCGCCAGCAACAUCGACAGCGCCAGAGUAUCGACAGAGAGAGGCUUGUGACCGUCACAUCGAAUAUAUCAGCGCCAGCGGGGUCUCGCGGUACUAGUACCCGCGCAGCGCGGUCUGCGACUUCAGGAUCGCAUACAUCUUCGUCGUGGAGUAUUACUGCGCCAUCCAUAUCCUCCGCCGGACUAUCGGUACCUGCCCAUAUCGGAGACGCAGAUAUAAACGGCGAGGAAGGAAAUGGACUUGGACUCGGACUCGGACACGCAGCAGAUGCAGAUGCUCCAGAUCGUAUCUACACAUGUCUCUUCCACAUGCUCGACUGCCACGAGUCCUUCUCCUCCGAGAAUAACUGGACAACCCACGUCCUAAGCCACUUCCGCACCCACCCACCCCCGCAAACAGCGCGAUGCCCGCUCUGCCCAAACAAGUUCGUAGACGGACACCCUCACCCACUCUCCUCGCCAGCCCCGGGCCCCGACGAAGAAGACGCGGAACCAGAAGACGUGGGGAAUGAUGCGAACUUGAAAACCCCACCCCCGUCAUCCCCGCGAACCUCAAUCCGCCGCGUCGACUCAGGAACAGACGUCCGACCCGACGGGCCCUACACCCGAAUCGACCACGAAAUCACCGGCAGCCUCACCACCCGCGAAAGCGCAGGCACAGCCUGGCCCGACCUUCUCACCCAUGUAGCCGCGCACUACCGCGCCGGCCAAACGCUCGCCGGCAGCCGCGCCGACUUCGAGCUCAUGCGCUACUUGUACGGGCGGCGGAUCAUCUCCGACGCCCAGUUUAAGGCUAUGCAGCUUGCGCCUGCGCCGUCGAGUCCGGCGUAUCAUGCUUCGCAGGAUGGGGUUAGGGCUAGUAUUGGAUCGUCGGAUGAGCCGUAUUGUGCGCCUUAUAGUCGGCGGAGGGAGGAGAGGUUGAGGGGACAGCACAAGGGUGUUGGGGCUGUUUGA